AUGGAGCCAGUAGAUGGAGCUGAGGAGGACCAGGCCAGAAAGACCUCUAUAUCAAGCGAUGAAGGGGGGCCUGUGAAGGAAAUCACAAAGGAACAGGAAGGUUUCUUCAACCUCCUGACCCAUGUUCAGGGUGCAAGAAUGGAUGAGCAGAGGUGCAACAUACAGAUUGUCCACAGCAAAGGAGACCAAGAUGACAAGAACAGCUCCCAAGUCACGCCACCUCCUGAGAUGAACCAUUUGAUGGAUAUGUUGGCGCAGUCACAAAGUCGUCGACUGGACGAUCAGAGAGCGGAGCUCAUCCAGUCUCCAUCGAACCCAGACACUAUGCCCACUCGCAGGGUGUCCCAUGACAAUGGGGGCCUGAAGGAUGCUGAAGCCCCUGCUGUACCCUUUUCAACUGGAGAUGAUUAUUUCAGCUUCAUCAAUCAAGUCCACAGUCGGCAUCUUGAAAAACUUAAAAAAAAUCCCGGGGGACGAAACCAGAAGUCUUAA